AUGGCUUCCUACUCAAAUGUCACCAUCCCCUCUAAGAUCAAGGCUUGGCUCUACGCCGAACAUGGAAAUCCCGUCAAUGUCUUGACGCUAGAUUCAGAUGUUAGGGUUCCCGAGAUUAAGGAGGACCAGGUCCUUGUUAAGGUUGUUGCUGCUGCCCUAAAUCCUGUUGAUGCCAAGAGAGCUCUUGGCUUCUUUAGGGACGCCGACUCUUCGCCACAUAUUGUGCCGGGUUACGACGUGGCCGGUGUGGUGGUGAAAGUCGGGGAUCAAGUGAAGAAGUUCAAAAUUGGGGACGAAGUGUACGGAGCCGUCAAUGAGAAAUCCUUGGACCAGGACGAAGUGUACGGAGACAUCAAUGACAAAUCUUUGGACCGCCCAAAGCAACAUGGCACUAUGGCUGAGUACAAUGCUGUGGAAGACAGGCUGCUGGCUCUCAAGCCCAAGAACUUGAGCUUUGUCGAAGCUGCUUCACUUCCCGCAGCCAUCGAAACCGCUUAUGAAGGCCUGGAGAGGACCCGCUUCUCAUCUGGCAAGUCCAUCCUCGUUUUGGGUGGCGCCGGUGGUGUGGGGAGCCUCGUGAUUCAGCUAGCCAAGGAAGUCUUUGGUGCAUCAAGAGUGGCGGCCACAUCUAGCACCGGAAAGCUGGACUUGCUGAAGAGUUUGGGAGCUGAUUCGGCCAUUGAUUACACCAAAGAGAACUUCGAAGACCUUUCGGAGAAAUUCGAUGUUGUUUAUGAUGCAGUAGGUCAAACUGAGAGCGCGAUAAGGGCAGUGAAGGAAGGAGGAAGUGUGGUGACAGUAGUGGGGGGUGUAAAUCCACCUGCUUUCAAGUUCUUCUUGGCAUCUAAGGGCUCAAUCUUGGAGAAACUCAAUCCCUUCAUAGAAAGCCAGAAAAUAAAGCCAGUGAUUGAUCCCAGAGGCACAUUCUCGUUUUCUCGGGUUCUCGAAGCGUUCUCAUAUCUCGGGACCGGCCGAGUCACCGGAGAAAUUGUCAUCCACUCGAUCCCAUGA